AUGCCUCCUCCACAGACAGACAUCAACAUCUCCUUCUUCCAUCCACCUGUCUUCCUACUCAUUGGCAUCCCAGGGCAUGAGGCCGCUCAUGGAUGGAUCUCCAUCCCCUUCUCCUCCAUGUACACUGUGGCCCUCACUGGAAACUGCCUGAUUCUCCUGGCUAUCAGGAGGACCCCCAGCCUGCACCAGCCCAUGUACUACUUCCUGUCCAUGCUGGCCCUCACUGAUGUGGGCCUCACCUUAUCCACACUACCCACAACCUUGGGUGUUCUCUGGUUUGACCAUCGGCUCAUUAGCUUCAAUGCCUGCCUAGUCCAGAUGUUCUUCCUGCACUCCUUCUCUGUAGUGGAGUCCUCAGUUCUCCUGGCCAUGUCAUUUGAUCGUUUUGUAGCCAUUUCCAACCCAUUGCGCUAUGCAGCCAUCCUCACAAAUAAUGUCAUCAUUAGGAUUGGGCUGGCCAUUGUGACUCGAGCCAUUGUGUCCCUCUUCCCUGUACCCUUCUUGCUGAAGAGACUGAACUUCUGCCCAGACAAGACCCUCUUGUCCCACUCCUUCUGUUUUCAUGCUGACGUGAUGAGGCGAGCCUGUGCAGAUAUCACCAUAAAUAUUCUCUAUGGGCUCUAUGUAGUAUUGUCCACAGGGGGCAUAGACUCCCUGCUCAUUGUCCUGUCCUAUACGCUCAUCCUGCACACAGUCCUGGGCCUGGCUUCUCCCAGGGAGCGCAUCCGGGCCCUCAACACCUGUGUCUCCCAUAUUCUGGCUGUGUUUGUCUUCUUCAUCCCAGUCAUUACCAUGUCUAUGAUCCACCGUUUUGGGAGGCACUUACCACCCAUUGUACAUUCCCUUGUUGCUUACGUCUACCUGGUGGUGCCUCCUGUGCUCAACCCUAUCAUCUAUAGUGUCAAAUCCAAGCCCAUCAGAGAGGCCAUGCUCAGGGUUCUGAGGGGAAAGGUCUGGAGCUGA